AUGAGAUACGUGACUUUCACAUGUAGUCGCGAAGGGCGAAGGAAUUAUGCUACAGGCGGUUCAUUGAAGCCGCAACCAACAAGUCAGACUGAUUGCAAAGCAAGAAUAUCUGCGUCCUUAGAUAAUCUUGAAGUUUGGAGAAUUAACAAAGUGUACCUUGAUCAUAAUCAUAAGACAAGUCUUUCAAAGUCUAGAUUGUACCGAUGCAAUCGAAUUUUGAGUGCGAGUGUGAAGCGAAAACUCCAAGUGAAUGAUAUGGCAGGAAUUCCCUUACACAAGAGCUACAACUCCACAGUUGUGGAAGCAGAGGGGUAUGAGAAUACGACUUUUGUGGAGAGAGAUUGUCGGAACUAUGUUGACCAAGAGAGACGAUUACGCCUUGGAGAAGGAGAUGCCAUUGCAUUACAGGCGUACUUUUCAAAGAUGCAGGCAAGGUGCUCAGGAUUUUUUUUUAGUAUGGAUUUAGAUGGUGAGUCACGACUAAAGAAUGUUUUCUGGGCAGAUAACAGAUGUAGGCAAGCUUACAAAGAAUUUGGUGAUGUGGUCACUUUCGAUACCACGUAUAUAACAAAUAAGUACGACAUGCCCUUCGCCCCCUUUGUUGGGGUGAAUCAUCACGGACAAAGUACACUACUCGGUUGUGGGUUGUUAUCGAAUGAAGAAACAGGGACUUUUGUGUGGUUAUUCAAGACGUGGCUUGAGUGCAUGCAUGGUGAAGCACCUAGAGGGAUCAUUACUGAUCAAGAUCGGGCAAUGCAAAAUGCCAUUGAAAUAGUUUUUUCGAAAACGAAGCACAGAUGGUGUCUUUGGCACAUUAUGAAGAAACUGCCAGAAAAGUUUGGCUACCACAGUCAAAAGAGCUCAAUUUUUGCCGCUAUACAUGGGUUGGUGUAUGACUCAGAUAUUGUUGACGAAUUCGAAGAAGGUUGGAGAUCGAUGCUUGAUACAUAUGACUUACAUGAUAAUGAUUGGUUAUCGAGAUUGUAUGAGAAUAGGAAUCGAUGGGUUCCAUGUUAUUUGAAGACUACAUUCUGGGCAGGGAUGUCAGCAACCCAAUGA